AUGGCUCGUCAUACUUCCACACCUCGAAAAAUGGCGACGGUGAUGAAUGUGUCGUCGCCGAAAUUGUCGCGAAUCACACGGGUCUCGCCGCGAAAACCGCGAGCCGCGACGACGAUGACGGAGACGGCGCAUCUUCGCGCCAUGUCUCGGACCAUCAAGAAGCAGACGGCCGAAAUUUUGCGCGAGCUCGGCAAAUCGAACGUCACGUUUCGAGCGGAGGCAAUUGAAGCGCUAACCGAGGUCGUCGCGUCGAGACCACUUCUGCGGCCGACGACUGCUUUUGAUGCAUCGUCGGGUUUCGUCGAGAAGCUGCUGAAAAUCGCCGGACUCGCCGCGGCGCACGCCGGCCGCAAAACCCUUCAAAUUGCCGAUCUUCAAUUCGCUUUGCACAUCGAAGUGAUCCAACAAAGCCCAUAA